UCCAUAUAAAAACAACACAAGAUGAUGUGAAUUAAGUGUUUUAACCUCUUAGCAUGGCUCUGCCGGUUAUGUACGGAGUUAUGAAGGCUAAGUUUGACAAUUUUCUUUCAAAAACCAAACAACUGAAUUGUCGGUAGUCACAUGACCAGCGUUUCUUCUAGAGGCUUGUUACUGACACGUAACUCAACAUUUUUAGCUAGUCUAAAAAUGUGUGGGAAUGGGUAUGCUAAUGGUAAUGCUUUUUAUCUAUGCCACAAAAUGUCAUUAUUUGUGUUUCUAUUGUGAAGUCAACAUGAACUUGAACUAUCGAUCACUAUCGCUUUUUGGUGCUGUUCUUCAACUGUCUGUUGUCGUUUGGCUCCUACUUCUGCUUUGACAUCCCCGGUGUUCUGCAGGAUCAGUUUCAAGGGAACCUGACAUGUUCCAAUACGACAGUGAUCAAUGGGACAGUGGAUUGUGUGGUGGGCCAGGGGAUGAGCCCCCGGCAGUUCAAUCUUCUCUAUGCUGUCUGUGCAUGGACGAAUGCAGUUGUGGUGAUCCUAGCUGGAUUUCUGAUUGACAAAUUGGGAAACCGCUUUGGGGCAUUGCUAUUCUCCUUCUUGUGUGUUUUGGGUUCCACUGUGUUUGCCCUGGGUUCCCACUUCAGUGGAACUCCUUACCUGCUGCCACUCAUGCUCACAGGCCGAUUUAUUUUCGGAUCAGGCAACGGAUCGCUGGCGAUUGUUCAGAACUGCAUCACUACCAUGUGGUUCAAGGGGAAGGAAUUGGCCUUAGCUUUUGGGCUGACUUUAGCAUUCGCUCGCUUGGGGUCCGUCCUCAACUUCUUCUUCACGCAGAGUUUUGAAGAAAGGUUUGGCAUGCAGUGGACCCUCUGGUGUGGUGCCCUAUUGUGUGUGUUGGGCUUUAUGUCGGCCAUCAUUGUCAGCAUUCUGGACAAAGUGGGAAUGAAGCAGCUGGGUCUGGAUGAGGCUAUCCAGGAGGAGUCUCGCAAAGUGAGAAUUCAGGAUGUAAAACUGCUGUCGCUGAGAUACUGGCUGCUAGUUCUCGCCAUCAUGUUCUUUUACAAUGGAAUCUUCCCCUUUGUUGCUGAUGCCAGUAAGUUCAUUCAGGAUAAAUACACUGACUACACUCAGGAGGAGGCCGGCUACAUCGCCGGGGCCGUUUACGACAGCUCACUCGUCCUCUCUGCCAUCGUUGGCAUUCUUAUAGAUCACGUGGGUAUGCGGGGGAUUUUUGCCAUGUCCUGUGCCGUCCUCGCUCUGCCCGUGUUUGCACUCCUUGCCUUCACCUUCAUCCCUCCUCUUGUCUGCACCAUCUGGCUUGGAGUCCUUUACCCCUGUGUUUCUGUGAGCAUGUGGACGUGCAUCCCUCUUGUCGUGCCUCAAGCGACCAUUGGCACAGCCUGGGGCCUCGCUAGCUCCAUCCACAUGUUUGGGGUUGGUGUCUCCAAUCUUGUUGUCGGGGGCAUUUUGGGCAGUAAAUCCAGCGACACUAAGAUUCCACUGUGGCGAUGGCAGAGGAUGAUGAUCUUCAUGUUGGCCAACAUCAUCUGCUGCAUCAUCACCUUAGGGCUGCUCAACAUUGUCGAUCACAAACAGGGUGGGAUGCUGAACACGACGACCAAAAAAUCAGGACAGUCUAAGAGAGAGUCUGACAGGGAGCCACUCACACAAAGAGAGGAAGAGUGAAUUAAUUAAGUGAUGAAUUAACUUAACAUGCAUGUAUUUGGAAGCCCGAGUUCCCGGACAAAACUAUGUCACUUUAUUCUCAUAAUAUUUUGACUUUAUUAUUGUAAUAUUAAACUAUUAAACAACUAUUAAACUUUUGCCCAACCCAAUUUUCCAUAAAUUG